CUCUCUCUCUCUCUCUCUCUCUCUCUCUCUCUCCUUCUUUCUUUCCCUGCCUGCCCGGAAAUAUCUCCCGAAUCUUAUUUAGCUCGGUCUCCUCUCGAUCGUGGAUCGCUUUUCGCGACUUGUGCACGACAUAUCAAACGUGGAUUCGAGGGCACCGACCUUCGAUUCUUCUCGCUGUACUAACUGACUGUUGCCAACGUUACGGCUCGGCGUUCUGUUAAACGAAGGCUCGUUCCUAUUGAUAGCGAUUGAAAUCGGUCGCAGCUGCCGCGUCUCGUUAACACUCAUUAUCUGUCUCAUUAUCUGUUCUGUGAACCCGGUCAGUUAGGAAACAAAAACACCAAUAUCGAUAUUACUUAAGCGCGCGGCAUUUUCGACUGUCGAAGCUGCCGGGGUUCUUCUCUCGCGCGCUUCGUCGCGCUCUGUCAAAUCCUAAUCUCCUGAUUCUGCUUAGGCGCGCUAAUCUCCUCUGCCGAAUGGGAGAUUAUUUUAAGCGCGGUGUCGUAACCCAACCGCCGUUCUGCGGGUUAACCGCGCUUCCCAACGAUCGCUGUGUAAUUAUCGCGCGUAUCAAAGCGAAACUAUCGAACGAGCUUGGAUAUCCGAUUCGAUCCUAUGAUUCGCACCGUGAACAAAUCCGAACGACGCGAUAUUGUAUGUCUUUUGUAUUCGGAUUUAUAAUCACACGCUGUAUCGUGUAAAGAGACUCUUUUCCGGCUGAAAUACACAUACGAUUUUGAAGAGUCGCGCGCAUGUAAAUUGGCGGAAGGAGAAAAGGCGCAGAGCGGUGAAUACACUGUGACGCUUUCAAGUUUUCGGGUGCAGGAAGUCGGGCGAAAUAACGAAACAAAGAGAACGCGGACACAAAGAAACGGGAAGCCUCUCGUCGUCACCGACAACGAAAUAAGUCGACCACGAAAGGACAUCCGGUCUUUCUCCCCCCUCCUCUCUCCCUCGUUCUCUCUGGACACCACAAAUUCACCGUCUGUUUCCUCUUGGUUUCACCUUCCGCACCACCUGUCGUUACCAUGCAAGCCGGGGGUUCACCUUGCUCUGGAGAAGCCGCGACGCGUUAAUCGAGACGCGUCGAAUUUAAGAUCGAUACUACACCCCGUCUCCUAUCGGUUCGCACUUUUCUCCUGGAUGCAAAAGACAGGUCUUACGUGUUACGCCAACCGCAAACGACGAUUAUCGUCGUCGGUGUCCGACGGUUGACAUGAGAGUUUCCAACGAAUCGUGUUACGCGCACAGUAAGGAUCUCGUGUGUUACUCUCGGCAGCGGGCAAAUAGACGAAAUCACAGCGUAUCGACUCGGAAAAACAUUUCCGUAGCAGUUUAUGCACAAAACACGCGUUUAAAAUCCAGACAGACAUAUACAAGGCAGGUACGUCUUCUCACUCGGAGAAGUUUGAACGAAGGAAAAUUUCACAAGCUAUGAUAAUUGUACCUUUUCAAAGUCCAAGGAGUUUCAAAGAUCCUAAUGCGAGACUCUCCCGUCUCUUACGUCGUCGAAUACGACUGGCGUCGUUGCGAAGAAAAAGUUUUGCUGUGAAAAAAGACAACCGUAAAAUGUUGACAUUUUUGACCUAAUCUAAUUUAUUGGAGAGAAAGAAAGAAAGAGAGAGAAGCGUCUCCUCACGGAGGAUCGAGUUUACGCACUCGGUGGCGACCAUGGCAAGGCUUCGAUGGUAGCUUUAAGAACGGCCGCGGACGUCUCUGUCGGAUGCACGAGGCGGUGGAGAGGGCACGGACGAGAGGGGAGCGAGACGGGUGGUGGAGGUGCGCGAUGCACACACAGUGGCGGAUGUAGAAAGGGAGGAGACGGCACCGCUUGGAUGCAACGUGCUUCUUCCAUCUUAACCUUUUCGUUCAUUUACUCGAGUUGGGGACUAUUUCGAAUACGUGAAAUAUAUGAGACAUACAUUGAGAGAAAAGUGAUUGAUCUAAUUGGAGUUGUAGUUAUUUUUGGUUCGUAUUUUUGCUUAUUUUAACACGAAAAUGUUAGUAGUGACAUGCAUAUAAAGUCAUUAUCGCUUGCACAUUACAGCAGAAUUUGAUGAAAAAACGACUUUCUUGACUACAGUUUAUAAUAAUUAUUUCACAUGUGAUUUAUUUCAUGUGAAAUACCAAACAUCUUUUUCUUUCAGUGUGUAUAUUUGGUUGCGCUCUCGCUUGUCUUUAAAUUGUCAAUCUCCUGACGGAGAUCGGAACUGCUCCGUUCAACGAGACGUUUUAAACAUAUUACUUUCCGUAUAUAUACUUUAGAAGAAUUGUUGAAGGACGAAAACUUGAAAUCUCACGACUUCUUAUCGGGAAUCGUUUGAGAGAAAGGGCUUUCACAUCGAUUUACCACUUUACAACUCUUUCGAAGUCAAAUCCGUCUUUGAGAGUGUAAUUUUACUUCUUCACCAAAAAAAUGCAAUCUUAUCCAUAAUAAAAUCCUCGUAUUAUGUCCUUGAGAGAAUUCUUCUCAAGUCAAAAGGGAAAUAUCCUAAUAUCCAAAAAAAGAAUUUUAGUUGCGAUUUCCUGCAAUCCCAUAUCAUAAGUGAGAAGCUUAAUAUAUAUUUAUUUUAGCAGAAAAUGAUUUCUCUUCUAACAGAGAGGAAUAAUACCGUGCUUAGAAUAUUGGUUUUUCUUUCGAGUAUAAGAGACUCCCGCCAAGAGUGAAAUAUUAUUUAUUGUUACUCGAGUAAAUUAUGCCUCCUGCGAAUUAUGCCUGGCAAAAGGAUCAAGUUUAUAAGAAUAUUUCAUUCGCUGCAUCUUUCGUGUUCCACCGAUGCUCCAGUCACGUCCGAGUUUGCAUCCUCACAUAAAAGUCUCGAGGUCUGUUCUUUUCGAACCGUCUGCACACAAAUAUGUUUUGUUUCACUCUAACUUAUCGCAGCGGUCGAGAGGCAGUUUAGCUGAAAAGAACAGACCUUCAGUCCGCCACUGUCUCGACAUGUGUCGAGACGGGGAGAGCAGCUCGCUCCGCGACGCUUCGCCGGCCGCGCUUCGCUUAGUCGCGCUUCUGCACUCACUGUGCGAGGUUAAGCGAGUCGGCGGGAGCGUGUGUGCGCUCUCUCGCAUCGCCCGAUAGUUAUCCGGCUUACGCGUGCGGUCAUUCGCGUGCGUUGUACGGGACGCAGUGUGUCUCGCGCGCAGUGUGGCAACGCGUCCUUCCGUAAUUCUCCGGCGUUUUCUUUACCGGCGCCACGUACAUGACGCUUUCGUUGCAUUCGAGUCAUCAUCGCUCUCGAACACGGCGUGCUUCGAACACGGCAGUGGCUGAGGUGGCACACAGGAUGACAGCUACCGCAAUUGGUGACGCGAUUGUCGCCAAGGUCCUCGUAAUAACGGUGUCCGAAUUCAGGCCCGACCAGACGCUGUAACGCGAUCGCGCGUCUCUCGCUCUCACUGGGGAGUGCUUUCCCUCCAACGCACGGCGCCUCCAACGCACGGCCGCGAGGGUACUAUGCCGAGAGGGGAAAUUUUGUCUCGCAAAGAGAUCGCUCGGAGGGAAAGAGAGAGAACGCGAGGAUUCCCCGGCACCUGCUCGUCGUGAGAAUCGUCGCAACGUGCGCGCGCACGUUUUUGGUUCGACGCGCGCCAAACUGCGCCGAGUCCGCGCGCGCGACACGUCGUUAGUCGCUUCGAUAUUGAUAACGAGAUAACAUCCAACCUGGUGUGUCAUCGGCCCUUCGUGGAAUUAGUGGCUGGAGGAGCAGACUCGCCGAAAUUUAUGAAGAAGAAGAAGAAGAAGAAGUUGGCUCUCCGACGUAUGUGUACAACACCGUGUACGUACGCGUGUCGUGCUCGGCGAGGCUCGACUCGAGAGAGAAGACCGCGUGCCUACGCGGAUAGAAAGUUAAUUCUCGGUGGACUCGCGCGAUCCGAAACCUCCCAGCGAUCUUUGUGACUCGAGAACUCUCGCCGAUGAUCGGCCGAAUCGAUCGAAAGUAAAGAACGUGCGAGUGGUGUGAUACAUACGUCUCUCCGGCGCGUGAGGUGGCGCGAAGCUUUGGACGAAGCUUUGGACGAAGCGUUUGUCGCGAGUUCUUGAGAAAGAGAGAGGAAGAAGAGGUGCAAAAACGGCUGGAAACACGACCAAGUUUAUGAUGGGGGUACUGAAGUGGAGGAACGAUCUCAGAUCGGAUUCCGUGACGCAGCAACAGCAACAGCAGCAGCAGCAGCAGCAGCAGCAGCAGCAGCAGCAACAACAGCAGCAACAGAGACCGAGCUCGGAGCGAUCCACCGGGAACAAUGUGCACACUUUCUCAAGGCUUCUGUCGCAGACAUCGAGGAGAAAUGAGGCGUCCACGUCAAACCCUGGCGCGUGCAGCAAUCGUACCUCCAUGCCGAUAGGCGACUUGUCUUUGGGAAGGGCGCUCAUGGAAAUGGUUUUGCAGCAGUCUACUGCAUCCGGUACGGAGCCACCCUUAGUCGUCACGCCACCCGGAUACUGGGUCGACGGUACCGACCAUCAACAUGCUGUCGACUCGAACGGCAAACCAUUGCUACCACGGCAACCGACCUGGCAACUUAGAAUAGACCUGGACGACAUGGGCAAAUGUUAUCGUCGCUUUUUCGUCGGCAGAGAACAUACGAACCUCAUAGGAAAAGACAAUGACAACAAUCCAAUUCUGAUCUCGGUGAAGGGCGAGAUGGUCGCCGAACAGGAACAUUGGCGGAUAUUGUUGCGAAUGCGAGAGGGAUCGAUGCACGACUUGAUCCCGCUCACACAUUUCAACUCGACUCCUACGUCGAUAAAAGCGGUUAAGAUAAUCAAUGAAUCCUUGAACAUGAGUAGCCUGACACCGAUCGUAUCUCCUGGUAUUGGCAAUCUGAUAGCUCGAUACGACGAGCACGCUCUCAUCUCCAAGUUCAAGUUCGGCGUUCUUCAACAACAAUUCGGCCAAGUGACUGAGGAACAGCUCUUCGGCAACCGGCAUAUCACGCCAGCCUUCCAGGAAUUCCUUGAUCUGCUCGGUCAGAAGAUCGAUCUCAAAAACCACAGAGGGUAUCGCGGCGGUUUGGACACGCAACAUGGUCAUACCGGAAAAUUUGCGAUGUACGAGGUGUUCCGUGGCCGUGAACUCUUGUUCCACGUUUCUGCAUUUCUUCCAUAUAGUGAGGUCGAUUCGCAACAACUGCAACGAAAAAGACACAUCGGCAACGAUAUCGUCACGAUCAUAUUUCAAGAGGAAGCGACACCCUUUAGUCCGGACAUGAUCGCCAGUCACUUUUUACAUGCCUUCAUCGUCGUGCAAGUCAUCGACCCCUGCACUCCUAACACAAGGUACAAAAUGAGCGUUACGGCGCGCAAUGACGUUCCUUUCUUUGGACCAACUCUACCGACACCGGCGGUUUUCCUCAGAAGUGUCGAAUUCAAGGAGUUCUUGCUGACGAAGCUGAUAAAUGCUGAGAACGCUGCAUAUAAGGCCGAGAAGUUCUCCAAAUUGGAGCUACGGACUAGGUCAGCUUUGUUGGAAUCGCUGAUGGAGGAUUUACAAGGCAAAACCAACGAGUUUCUCGGCGAUGUUAUAACCUUAAACGUCGCCGGCUUAAACGUCUGUCCGGUAAGCCCGACCACGAACAACGUGCCCGCUUCGGGAAGUAGUAGCGGCUCGCGAUUCAUAGACACUGUUCGCAAGGCGCUGAUUUCGCGCGUGCGAAACACGUCGACGGAAAGCGUGUUACACCAUUUAGUGAGAAGAAGUCAGAGCGCGGGGCCCAGUCCGUCGAGCAAUCGGCAACCAAGCACAAGCGGCGGCGCCGGUAGCAGCAGUAGCAGGCGCUUCGUGGAGCCGCCUAGCCCUGUCAGCUCGCCGGAUCUCACCCUGAGAAGGGACUUGGAACGCGGUAGUCAGAGUAGUGAUGAUAGCACUUUGCUCAACAUCGACAAUGAGGACAGCAGCCUGGCGACGGUGCAACAAGAGGAGUCCGAUCGCAAGGAGUCGUCAAAUAACAUGUCUGACAAUGACACCAAUGUCGUAAACCAGACGACAAUCUCAACGGCAUCGACGUCGGCAAUAAUGCAUCGAUCGACAAACGAGAGUCUUCCGUGUACUCAAGAGCAAGCUGCGGCGCAGCAGGAAAAGGUGACAACGGCGACAGAGGCUAUCGUGUCGUUGGACGCGUUGCUGUCGUUGCCAUCAACAUCCACGACGACUUUUACGGCGAUGGAACAGAUGGUAACGAUUUCGCAACGUGUCAUCUCGGAGAGUGAUGGCAGUUCGCUCAACAGCGAACUCGAGCUUGAUCAGGCCCUGCACCAUGACAGUGACACGGGUCUCGAUUCUAUGAGCUCCGCGGAGACCCAUGACACUGUCAGGUGCACGACCCAGGACGGCGACGAGAGCCCUGAGGCCCUAAGAACGGAGAUCACUAAGCUCAAAUGUGAUAAAUUGGAGCUUUUACGACAAAAUGUGUCAUGUCAACGCGAUCUCAAACACCAUCGAGAAAGAGAAUUAGAGCUGCAAUCUCAAUUGACGGAGGCGUCGAGGGAGAUUAGGCGAUUGCGAAAGAUGUUAAAGGAGUAUUCGCAAGGGAACGUUUUACAAGAAGAUGUCUCACAAGAAAACAUUCUACACGAAAAUGUCCCUCAAGAAAAUAUCCCCCAAGAAAACAUUCCACAAAAAAACAACAAUCACCACUCCGAUGUAUAAAAUCAACUGGUGGAGAACGCGCGUUCUCAGUCGCGAAUGUAAAUAGUGAAUGACGUGUCAACCAACGAACGACUGUCCGUGAUUGUCGAAGACUGCGCGCGUCCAUGGAUUCGGAAAUACGACGAAAAGGCUGUCCGGCGCAAAGUAGUUCCUCGACGCGCGUAGUAGUCGAUUCGGCUUUAAUUCAUCUUAUAUCUUAGUGAUCCAACAUUACAACUCAUAUGGUCCUCUUCACAUGCAUCAUUCUCUCUCGUUAAUUUAGCAUGCAGUCGUUCUCUCCUGUUGAUUUCGAGAUUACUCGAACGCGGAAUACAAUCGACAGAGAGAGAGAGAGAGAGAGAGAGAGAGAGAGAAAAUAGAGGAAAGAGAAGUUUGAGACAUUCAAAGAGUAAAAGUGAUUAUUUAGAUCACUCGCGUUUCGCAUACUUAUUGCGGUCUCUCGACGCUCAACAAGUCUCAAAAUACUUAAAAUACCAUGUACCUUCCGUUCAGGAAUGAGAAAUCGCCAUUUCCAAAGCUCUACUACUAUAUAGUGCUCCUUAAGAGCGUGUACAUCUUGCGAUUUAAAUACUUUACGCCGCGAAGUUUCAUCGCGAAUUGAGCUUUCUUCCAUUUAGGUAGAAGCCGGUACAUGUUCUCUAUGUGAGUCAUACCAGAUAGAAUUAUUAGGUAACAAGAUUCGAAAACAGGAUCCUGGCCGCCGUGAGAAGCUAGUGACCGCGAGACGCUCUCGCGCAAAUGUAGACUCUAAAAUUGUUUAGAGCUCUCGUUUUACUCGUACGGUAUACACACGUAAUAUUUAUCGAUUAAUUUAUUAGUAGGCUUAAGUUUGAUCACUCGCAGUCAAUAUAUAAAACAUGAAAACUCGAACGUGAAAAGGGAAAAUAUUCGAAGAAAAGCGACAGAGUUGAGUGCUGUCAUUGUGUAAUUAUCGAUGGUUCUUACUCGGGGCGAGACGCGGUCAAGAUUCAGCAACAUUCGAGACCAAGCGAAAAAGGACACGAUCGAUCUACUUUCGCGGACGAGAAUGUUGCUGUAUCUGCGUAUGUGUUAGGGUUAUAUGUUAGGAAAUCAAUAAUAAUAAUAAUACACAACGCUCCGCUUAUUCCUCCGUAGCAGAGGAUACAUUAUAUUUGCAAUUAGCACAAAACCUUUCGGGGAUAUUACAAUUCCCGAAGCGCCAAAUUUCGACUGCAGAUUCGUCAUAUACAGGCCAUUAGAAACAAAAGUUCAAGUGGUGAAAAUGGCGAUCUGGCUUAGUUUAGGAGAUAUAAAGGUUUUUAGCGAAAAUUUAACAGAAAAAAAAUGUAUCUAAUAUAUAUAAAAUAUAUAUCUUGUUUCGAGAAGGCAUGACUCUGCAUGCGCGUACAGACACACUGAUAUACACAUACAUACAUGUACAUACAUAUACAGAGGUGCGUAUUCAUGUAGCAGAGAGGGUUUGGAGUCGGUAAAUACCGCGGAAGUGACGAAUCGUGGAGUCCUUAUCUCUGCUGAAACUCGCGUUCAUGCAUACAUAUUCACAUAUAUCUGCAAAUGACAAAAACGCGUUAUCGAUUUCUGUAAAUUGCAACUAAAAACCUUUAUAUCUUCUAAACUAAGCUACAUCGCUACUUUCACUACUCUUGAACUUUUGUUUUUAAUGACUUGCGCAUGACGAAUCUGUAGUCAAAAAUUGGUGCUCCGGAAAUAGUAAUCUUGCCAAACUUUUUUCUUUCGGACUUCGACAAUACGAUCUUAGGCGUGGUCAUCGAGUCGCUCCACGAUUAUAGAUGAUGUAUGUAACUAGUUGUGCAGUAUUCGUCAUGAUAGGUUAAUCGACACACACACACACACUUAUAAGUUUCCUAGUAUUAAAUGGACUCCGUGAAGAAAGUUUUUAACAAAUAUAUGUAUGUUGUUAGUUGUGCAGUAUUUGUCACGAUAAUCGACACACACACACGCGCGCGCGCACGCCCACACACCCACUCACCCGCCCACACUAGUUUCCUAGUAUUAAAUUGACUCCGUGAAGAUAGUUUUUAGCGAAUAUUUGUAUAUUGCUAAUUGUACAGUAUUCGUCACGAUAGGCUUAAUCGACACACAUAUACACAUUAGUUUCUUAGUAUUAAAUGGACUCCGUGAAGAUGGUUUUUAAUAUGUACAUAUAAAUAUACAUACAUAUAUAUGUGUAUAUAUAUAUAUAUAUAUAUAUAUAUAUAUAUAUAUAUAUAUAUAUAUAUAUAUAUAUA